UUGACAGGAGCAAUCUUCAAGAUCGAUAGAGCCAGUCAUAAAGGCAGCUCGAAGAAAUAACAUAAUUAGUUCAAGUCAAUAUCAAGUGCAUUAUCGCCCUAAGGAGUUGUUAUUCAUUUUUAAUCGUGUGGAAUAAACCCUGGAGUUAUGGACUUUAACGUUAAAAAACUGGUGAAAGACGCUGGUGCAGCCCUGAGUCGAGUGGUCCAGCUGACAGAGGAGACCCUCGGAACCUCCGAAAAAACUGAACUCGAUGCUCACUUCGAACACUUGGCCGACAGGGCCAAUAUGACGAAGACAUGGACGGAGAAAAUACUCAGAAAUAUGGAGGCAAUGUUGACUCCAAACCCGGGAAACAGAAUCGAGGAUUUUUUUUAUGAAAAAAUCGACAAGAAGAAGCCUAAUAGAUUAAGCAAUCUGGAGUACGUUGGGGCGGACAUGAUAGAAGCUGGAAAUGAAUUUGGACCAGGAAUAGCAUAUGGCGCAGCACUCAUAAAAGUCGGUCAAUGUCAACAGAAAUUGGGGCAGAUAGAGCGUGACUUUAUCGGUACAGCAGCUAAUUGUUACAUUCAACCCCUUCGUAAAUUUCUCGACGGUGAAAUGAAGACAAUAAGCAAAGAAAUGGCAAUUCUCGAGACAAAACGUCUCGACUUGGAUGCCUGCAAAAACCGAGUGAGGAAAGCGAGGAGCAUGCUGGGGCAGCAGAGUGAUUCAGGAGUGUCACCCGAAGUGUUGCUGGAUCAGGCAGAGAGGGAGUUGAGGAUAGCCCAGUCUGAAUUCGAUAGACAAGCGGAAAUAACAAAACUACUCCUGGAAGGUGUAUCGAGCUCUCAGGCCGGCCAUUUACGUUGUCUCCACGAGUUCGCAGAGGCACAGGCUCGACAUUAUGCUCAAUGUCAUGCCACCAUGCAGGAGCUGCAACGAGAAUUGGCUGGUUUGACAGGGAGUUCGUAUCACCCGGUCGGUCAACAAACUCCAGAGCAGGUCGACAGUGAGGUGGACCGGGCCCGAGUACUCUGUGAUUACGAGGCUAGGGACGCGAGUGAACUUAACCUCACCCGAGACGAGGUAAUCUCAGUUAGUGAAAUAUCAGGUGACGAGGACUAUUUCAUGGGCUUCAGGGGAAUUGAAAAAGGAAAAGUUCCUCGAGUUUUUAUCGAACGAAUCACAUUGAAUUAGUGAAACAAUUGAAUCGAAACUAUGUUCACAAUAAUUAAGUACAAAUGAUCUGUGGCAGGUGUGCAAUAUUAUUAAUACUCUCCAAGUUCUCGGAAAUUGAAGCAACUUCGUAUAAGUAAUAAGUUAAAAUAAAUUAUCGAACUCGAUUCCUCAAGAAACAAAGAUUUAUCGAUUGGAGUUUGGAAAAUCGUCUAAAAAAUUAUUUGCGAAAUAAAAAAUCAGUAUACUCAGGUAUUCGUCACAGCGAAUCCAUUAGUUCCUCAGCUUGUGUAUAUGAAUGAUAAAUAAAUAAAUUGUUGAGUGAAAAUAUAGUUUUUUCUCGAAGUGGAAUGACGAGAGGUGAAGUUUUGUGAGAUGUUUCAAAAAUUUAUUGACAUACAAUAAUCGAGGAAAUUACUUCUUCUUGGAUACACCGACAGUGCGACCACGUCUGCCAGUGGUUUUGGUGUGCUGACCACGUACGCGAAGGCCCCAGUAGUGACGGAGUCCUCUGUGUGCACGGAUCUUCUUCAUUCUCUCCAAAUCUUCACGAAGUUUGGAGUCCAAGUUGGCGCUCGUCA